AUGUUCGAUGUCCCUUUACGACAAGCCCGUGAGUUCCAAGUGCAGAACGUGAAUCUGGCACGUUUUGCCCUCUUCCGAGAAGACAUCCGUGACCUUGCAGCUUUGACGACUGACAAGGUGGCGAACCUGCUGGUUGUCAACACUCUCAAGGUUGGUUUUAUUGUAGCGCUGUACUUCAAUUUCGACCGCACCGACAGCGGAUUCCAAGAACGGACCUAUCAGGAGGAUCAGCUCGCUGUACUUCUGGGAAUGACUCUCCUGACGUCCUUUUUUUUCCUGAUGACUUCGAUAUGGUUCGCUAUGCACGCGCUGCAGCUGGCUCAAGCUAUCACUACCAAGCUUCUGGUGCAGGUCGUGCGCAUUCCCAUGCCAUCUGAGAACGAGAUUGCCAAGGCAUCCACCGAAGGAAAAGAUUUCGAGCUGAACUUUCGCGAGGCGCUCCGACUGCCGUUCGUUCGUCCUGCGGCGCUCAACAAGGACACUCUGCGGGAUCAAAUGAAGGACGUCGGCCGUCAGUUGCCGCAGUUGGCCGAAGAGGUGAACCGGGAGGACUCCAGGCUAUCAAACGACACCCGUGCAGCCAGCCCGGCGGCGGCUCCAUCUCCGACAGAUUCCAAAGGCACGCCGUUGCUGCAGACGACGAGACCCAUGAAUUUGGAGGUGUCGAUGCAGGAGCUGCUGCACUGCCUGCCUCCUCACGCUGCCGGAGCUUUCUCCGAGAUGGAGCCGCAUCUGAAGCUACUUUGCUUAGUGGCAUCUGCCUGGCAGCCUUUUGACCUGUACAGCCGGGUUACUACAGUCCUCGGAUCUUCCUGUCUGUUCAGUGGCUUGGCAUAUUUCUCCUUGUACUACAACAAGUUUGACGUUGACGGAAGCAGCAGCAUGCCCACGGAGGCUUGGUGCAGCUUUUUGUUUAUGUCGACAUUGGCUUGGUGGAACCUCACCAUCGAGAUUUCAGGUAGCAAGCUGGACCUUUUCGUUGCUGCACUGCUAAUUCUGGUUGGUCCGACGCUGUGGGUGGCCUCGAACAAGCCGACACUACAUGCCAGCGUGAUGCAGCAUUUCGGCUACCCGGUGUUGGUGACCAUCCAGGCCUCCUGGAUUUGCUUCUUGGGCAUCCGAGCCUUCACGUGUGGUGGGGAGUGGCCUCACUUUUUCACGAGCACCCGCUACCUGAACGUUGUCCACAAGCAACGGGGUCCCAUCGAAAUCCCCGUGGACAUCGCGCGGAAGGUGCAUGAAGACGAGGAUACUUCCACGGAGUCAUCUGUCAAUUUCAAGGAUUCGCAGCAUGCCAUGGCCUUGGCGCAGCCGCUGAUCGAUGUCUUAAGUUGCAUCGGCGAUUUGCCUCAGUCCUCCUCUUCCCGUGCGGCUGUGUUCCAGGCCAGAGACUGGCUGAGAGAGGCUGCGCGUGCUGCUGGUGUGUUGCGCACAUCUUUGAUGGUCAAGGGCUUUUGGAUCUACCUGCCAAUGACGGGGCUGGACAACGAGGGUGCUGUGCCCCACUGGGUGGAUAUUCACAGCAUUGACUUCCCGAGUCUUGGCAGUUCGGCGACUGAAGCAUUUAUGCUGCCGGAGCUACUCCAAGCUGCAGACCUGGCUGCGGAGACCCUGCACGCACAAGCCGUGCACUGGACCGUGCAUGACAUGCUCAGACUUGCAUCCUACGGAGGGGAACCCGUCACUGGCGUGAACAGCUUCCUCUUUCAGUUCGAGAACAUCUCGGAGCGGAUGCGAACUUUCGUGCCUUCUGCGGACUAUCUCUUCAAAGUUGCAAUGGGCUUGGUGUCACUGUUUUGGAUCAUGGUUUGGGUAUGGUCCAUCAUGGCUGCCACGGAGCUAUUCCGGAAAGUCUCCCUGAGCGGCACGAUGCAGCCCUUCGCGCUGGACACUCCGUGGCGCACAGUGACUUCUUUCGGCUGCACGCUGGAAGGAGAGCACUAUGUCGUGACAGAUUCCGUGGUCGUUCAGAUCCUGUCAGAGGAGGGAAACGUCUGGCUCCAAUUCGGUGCUUGUGAUGGUGCCCCGAUCCUUGCUGUGGAUUUUGGCCAGCAGGGCGAGGUGGUCGCCACCUGCGAGAGAGGCAUCCAAGCCACCUGGCUGUCCGGUGCGAAGGUGCAAGAUCAGUUCUGGGUGUCCAACAUCUCGAACUUGCAGGAUGUUUCAGUGGACCGGUCGCCGUUGCAGGACACGUAUCACCUGGAUGCAAUCGCUAUCAGCGGCACACGUCUCCUCGGCUUGCGGUACCACCCAGACUCCACGUGGCAGGAAGUUGGCAUACUAAACGUGCCUCCACAUAAGGGCCUCUUCACGGCAGUGGCUGUUAGAAUGGGACGUGCUCUGCUUUUAACAAGCACGGACGAGAUGUAUGAGCUGGACGUUCCAUCAGGAAUUUGGGCUGGACCGAUGUUACUGCCCAACAAAAACAACGCCGACUCUUACGAUCCUCUGCUGGGACUGGGUCUCCAUGUGCAGAUUGACGCACGGCAGGUGGCGCUUCUUGGGCCAUCCCAGCGGCCAACCCAUGCAGAUGUGGAGCUUUUCACGGCCACCCGUGAACGAUUUGCCGCCACGGCACCGCCCAUCUUGCAUUUUCCUUUGGCUUUCCAUCUGAUCGCCUUCAGCCGCAGAGCGGGUGACAGUCAGAGAUGUCCUUUCGGUUUCUUCUCCUUCACGUCCAACAUCGACAGUCACUGGAUAUCUUCGGGGACCUCGGCGGAUCGCGUUUUGGAGGUCCACGGUGCCGUGAAAUGGCUCCAGUGCUCCAAGCCUUGCUGCCCGGACGUGUGGAAGGCCCCGGCUGACCUCUGCCUGGCAGAGGAUCCCCAUACCCAUCGUGUGCAGGGAGUGCUGCCAAGCUGCCCGAAGUGCAAGGCAGUCGCCAGACCCAACGUGCAGAUGUUUGGUGGCGAUUCUGGAUUCUCACGGGCACGCCGAGGGGCGCAGAACACCAGGUACGACGCGUGGGUCAAUAGCUUGGCAUCGCGGCCGGAUGUUAGCAGCCUCAGCGUUGUUUGCCUGGAAGUUGGCUGUGGACUCACAGUUCCAACCGUGAGACGAGAGCUCGAGAAGGUCGUGCAGAGAUUCCCCGGUGGUCGCCUUAUACGGGUGAAUCCCGAGAACCCCGGACUUGCCAAAGAGCUGGUCGAGAAGGGAGUCAGCCUGCCGCUGCCGGCAGCUGCUGCCAUCGAAAAACUGAGUCAGCAGGUGGCACAAACCGAGGAGAUCAUGCAGGCGACCUACGUCCUUUGGGGCCAAGAGGGCGGCUGCGAGAUCCGUGCGCCUUUCGGGACCUGCCUUGGACGGCUUCUGCGAUUGGUUGAAACACAGGGUCGGAUGAGCGUGGAGUUCAAGCCGGACGUGGUCGGGAUCGUGAAGCAAGCGAUGGGACCCAGGACCUUCCGGCGAAACACGCCAAAGUUCAAACACUUGAAGAAGCUCUUCGUUUCCUAUGAUCCAUCCACAGGACGGAGCCUCUUACCUUGGAGAGGCAAGGAGCUCAUGCUGAGAACAGACUUCGAACAAAAACCGAGGACGACCUUGCACAGCACUGCAUUUUCUGAUGUUUUCUGUCAGGUCGGUGCCGAUGGACAUGUACCAGGAGUUUCGAGAGCCUCUGUCUCAGUGCUUGCCGGAAGUCUUCUUCGGGCUGCAGGAAGUCAAAAUUGGAGACGGCACGAAGUUGGAGGCACUUCAAACCAUGAACCUGCAAGCUGCUCUUCUCACUCAUAA